GAAUAGUUCUCAGUCUGCUUUACGAAGUCAUGGUUGGUUGAUAGACACACAAAGAAACAGCUUUAACCAAAUCACAUAAAGAUACAGAGCAAACCCUUGAAAAACACCCAUUUCCUGAUUGGAGACACUUCACAUAUAAUAUGCACCUCACUGAAUAACCAAGCAAAGAAUUUUAAGGAUUUUAUAUCAAGAUGGCUACCAAAAUCAAUGAUGAUGCUUUCAGAGAGCUGUUGUCAGAUAUUUCAAAAUGGUAUGAUCAACGUAAAUACACAAAUAUGCUGAAAGUAUUGUACAGAGAACUUUUGAAAAACAAUUAUGAGUUGAAUAAGGCUACAAAGGUGAUGGAAUUAAUGGAUAUGUUAACUGCUUCUGGACAUCUUCACUCAGCUAAUCUCAAUGUUCUCUAUGAUACCAUAAAUGUAACAGAGCAAAGAGGGAUCAAAGAUAUACUGCCAGUAUUUCAAAAUGUUGAGGAUGUAGAAAUCUCAAAAUUCACACAUCACAGACGAAAAAUAAUGAAGCUUGGAAUGGUACUGAUUGAUGAAGAUGUAAAUAAGAUCAGUGCAAUAUAUAACAAACCAGUAAAGGAAUAUGCAGACACAUGGAGUUUGAUUAUGGAUCUGGAGCACAACAGGGUAAUUUGUGAAGGAAAAAUGGAUGCCUUCAUUGAAAAACUGAAUUCCCUUAAACUCCAACAUGCUGUGGAAGCUUUAACAGAAGAAAUCCCAAAUGCAUCUUCGAACUCUGGACAUAGCCUUAGUGAAGAAAUUGCUGUGAAAGUAAUUCAGAAACGCAAAGGAGAAUCCUGUGAUUCUGAAGGACGACCAUAUAAAAAAGUAUGCUCUUAAUUUGUUAAAUGAACUUGAUGAAAAUAAAGACUCCCUAACUUUAAAGGAUAUACCAGAGUUUUUUGACAAGUUUGAGAAACUUAUUAUCUAUUACAAACGUUAUGGUCUAACAUUAACCAAGGUUGGGAAAGGAUCAAUAGUAUUUUACC